ACUGUAGCCCACCGGGCCGUAGAGCUAAUUUAACAUAUGAACAAGACGAAAUACUGGCAAAUGUCAAUAAUAGGAGUCAAGCGAGCGGCUUGUGAGGGAUCAGAGCUCUGAGACUGGCUGGCGGAGCCCCGUUAAGAAGCACAAGCGGAUUAGGACUCGCGAGCAGGUGCCUUUGUUGGCUCGCGCCGUUGCUAGUGGAGACCCGCAGUAGCCCGACGCGCUUCUUUAAAAUGAAUGCCUCCAAAUGAGCGUCUCUUCCGCAAACGGGGAAUAAAACGCGCUCGACAGUUCUAGGAGUUUUUUAACCAAUGCAAGUUCCGGCACCAUGUUCUACGGUUCCUCAUCUGCCAGCAUGUCUCUGCCAUCCAAGAACCGUCUGAAGCGUCAAAAUCGCACUUUUACACAGGUUCUGUAUCGGACACUGAGUUAUCGGGAUCGUCGUUCUGUUACCGACCUACCUGAGCAGGUACGGGAUGAUCCAGCUGAGCUUUCCACCCAAUCAACUGCACCAGGUGUGCUGAAGAUAUUUGGCGAUGAAAUCAGCGCCGGCGCUAACUACAAAAGCGUUCUUGCCACACCUCGUUCCAGCGCCCAAGAGUUGAUCAAAGAGGCGCUUGAGCGCUAUUCUCUAAACAAGGCCUCAGCCUGCAGCUAUGUGUUAUGUGACGUGAUUGGACGGUUUGAAGGCCCAGAUCGAUGGUGGCAGACUGAGUGCCUUCGGGCACUAGGGAACAACGAGAAACCCCUCCUCUUGCAGGACCUCUGGAAGCCAAAGGAGGGUUAUUCUCGCCGAUUUGAGCUCAGAAGAAGAGCCGAGGUUGAGGAACUGGCAGCAAAAGAGAAGGACACAGUCACUGCAGGGACCCACACAAACUCCCCUGUGCUAUCUUCAACCUUGAGUAGAAGCGGGCAUGGUAGAUGCCAUCGGAGCUCCCCCCGGGGCUGGCGUUUGAUACAGCCCUGUACAACUAUUGUUAAAGAUAUCAAUGCUCAAGCAAGGAAGCUGCAAAGAAACCGUGCUAAAGGUACAAUGACACUCCAGCACGGCUCCUCAUUUUGCCGCAGCCUCAGUGAAACCAGCCUUAACUUGGUGGGUCUGCCUGGUGAGGAACCUAAACGGUACUACUCCACCCUCCCAGGGCCAAUCAGAACACGCUCCGCACGAGAUGCAGAGACCCGUAAAGAACGAGAUGGGGGCGGAGUUAAACACUCACUCUACCAAUCACCACAUUUGCUGCUCCUUCAAGGGUACAACCAACAGGAUUGUCUGGUUUACCUUUUGAAUCGAGAGCAACACACAGUUGGUCAGGAAACCGCAUCAGCACGGCCAAAUAUCUGCCUGUCAUCUCCGGAUGUGCUUCCACUUCACUGCCGAAUACGUCGUGCAUCGCAACGGCGCUCUUCCUCAGACCAGCGGUUACUUUUGGAGCCUGUCGCCCAUGGCAGUGUGCUGGUUAACUUCAUGCGUAUUGAGCGCCCCACUCCACUACGUCAUGGGGAUUUGCUGUCAUUUGGUGCUCAUUACAUCUUCCUGUACAAAGAUCCACUAAGUGCGAAACCACUUCCUGCCCAAACUCUCACUCGACUCCGAGCACUGGCACGACUAUGCGAUAGUGAGUCGGGUGGUUUGCCUGAGAAAGGAGAGGCAUGUCGUAUGUGUGGGGCCGUAUUACAUGAACCAGUGGCAUCUAGGCGCAGCUCUAAGGCUCCUGCGCGAGGUGCACAGAAACGAAAGCUCAUGCUGGAAUUUGAGUGGGCUCAUGAGGAUGCGCUGGUGAACCGGGUGCUGACACUUAUUGAGCCGAGUGGAGAUGACCACAAGCUGACACCAGCAUAUUUGCUUUGUCUAUGCAUCAAACACUCAGCUCAUACAUUUCCUCCUGGCAGCUUCGGUAAACUAUUGCUGAAAAUUGCUAAGAGGAUUCAGACAAUAGCAUGGGAGAAGACAAAGGAGUUGGCACAGAAGCAAGCUCAGCAUCAAGAUCCUGCCUCGCUGUCUCUGCUCAGCAUCUCAGACCUAGUACCUGAUCUCCAGUUCAUUUACUUCUGGAUGUCCAAUGCCAUCGAAAUACUGUAUUUUAUCCAGCAGAAAUCACCUGCUUACAUGCAGACUAUUGAGCUCAUGGAUGAUAAAGCGGGAUCUAAAGAAUCUCUCCUCUCAGCAACAAUAUCAGCAAAUGAAGAAGCUAUGACCAUACUAGAGGAAGUGAUCAUGUACACCUUUCAGCAGUGUGUUUACUACAUCACUAAGUCUUUGUACGUUGUGUUGCCCGGCCUGUUAGACUGUAACCCAUUUGGGACGGAGUCUUCAUCAGAGCAGUGCCGGCGGGCAGUUGGAGAGUGUGUGUGUGCCGUGUGUGUGAUGCCAGAGGCAGUUCGCAGGGUUGUGAGUGUGUUUCAGACUACAUCAGACCUGCUGCAACAGUACCAGGUUCAUUCAGAGAUUCAGAGUCAAAUGUUCGCCUACCUCUUCUUCUUCACCAACGUCUCACUCUUCAAUCAACUCAUAGAUAAAGGCCCCGCACGUGGCUGGUUUCAGCGUUCUCGGGUCCUGCAGAUCCAGGCUAGUGUGAAAAUGCUACUGGACUGGGCUAAAGGAGCAGGGCACAAUCAUCUCACCCAGAAAUUCUUUGCCAAGUUCUGUAGUGCUGUGAGCAUCCUGGCUACACCCCCUCAACAGCUUUCACAGAUGAGUUGGAAAGCUCUAUGUGCAGAGCAUCCGUCUCUGAAGCCUGUCCAGCUACAUAGAAUCCUCACACAGUACCAGCUCAUGGCUGAGCUGGGUCAUCUACCAAUCUGGCAACCCAGCAGUGAAGAUGAGGCAUAUAUCUACAGAACAGUUGAUCUAGUGGAGAGUUUUGAGAACCACCCUCCUAUUGUGCUGCCGAGUGCUGGAUUCAAGGUGGACCUGGAGAGUGACAGUGUAGAGGACAGUAUAUACCGCCAACUACUUUACGUUCGUCACUUCCUUUGGGGUCUUCGUACCAAGACCCAGUCUUCUAAUGGCUGUGCAGACCGUCAGGAUGCCCAGCGUGAGCCUCCUCAGCCUCACUCCAGUCCACAUCCAGCACCUCCUUUGCGUGGGGAGGGUGAGGGGGAGGUGCGGGGCUCCUCAGCGGGUCUCGGAGGAAGAGGAGAGGGAGCGGGAGCUGAGGAACGACCACGAGACAAGCCGCCACAUAGCAUUCAUUACAGAAACGGGACCAGCAUCCGUUACGCCAACCAAACCCAAGCGACAGACUCUUCUUGUAUACUGACUCCACCUAAUACGCCCCUCUAUCCGGAACACACGUAUAUACACUCCAACACACAGUCCAAUCCUGCCCACUACCCUGAGCAUGCUUCACAAGAGCACACACAUACACAUUCUCACACAAAGUCCAAUGGUUGCAAGCGUUCUACUCCAGAGCACAAGAAAAUCAAUGGCUUCAUCAGCAAUGGCAUUGAAGUGGACCUGGAUAAAGGACCUUACGGCCUGGGAAUGGGACUUAUCGAUGGACUUCACACCCCUCUGAACUCUCCUGGAAUCUACAUCAGGACACUGAUUCCAGAUGGACCAGCUGCUGCAGAUGGGCGACUUUGCAUUGGUGACAGAAUUCUGGCAGUGAAUGGGACCAGUCUCAUUGGGGCAGACUACCAGAGUGCUGUCGAUUUGAUUCGUCUGGGGGGAGGACGGCUCCGGUUUCUUGUCGCCAAAUCAGAUCUUGAAGUAUCAGAGAAGAUCAGUGCCUCUUCCUGCUGAGGAGAGGCGGCAAGUGUGACCCUCUACCUAGACGAAAUAUGAGGAGGACAGCGAUUCCUCCUUUCCGAGACUGGAGAACAAGCACACUAUAGGACCUCUCAGUGACUACAGCUCUCUAUCUCAGCCCUGUACAAUACUGCACUCUUUCUCAUUCAGAAUGAAAGUAUGACAUCUCUGUCUUACUUUUCCUCUUAGCCAGACUGGGUUUGUUCCUUGAAUGUCAAGGAAUAUUGAAUAAGAAGGUAUUUGUUCACAUAAUCAGGCUGAUACUGUAAAAACAAAGUAAUAUUCACACGAUAGCAGACAUGAAAUGGGGCGAAAGUGGGAUUUUAAGUUUUGCUCUUAAAUAGAAACCAAACAAUCUAUAAAGAAAAAAACAACAUUUAAUAGCUUUGCUAAAAG